CCCUCACCUGAGUUGUUUACAGCUGAGGGGAAGACGGAUGUCUCUGUGAGUGGGAAGUUAGGUAAGCGAGCUGAGAGCUGUUGCUACUCUGAUGAGGAAGAGAUCAAUCUUACUACCUUGUACCUGCACACCUACCUUACCUACCUCCUCCUAUGUACACACAUACACAAGACGCCUUCAAGAUCGCAUAUCCCCCCUUACAAGUAUUAGUAGAUGACGCAGUUCGCGGAUCUUGAAGAAUGGGGAACAGUCCAGAAGACAUGUCCUCUAAUUCAUUCAAUCAUUCAAAACGUGAUCGGAGCCUUGCCACAACUGAGCGAGGACGCAACUUACCUCAACCAUCUGGAUAACUAUCUGGGUGACUUGUCUCAAGAGAUUCAGAUGAUCAACGUCUCGGUACCCCUAGGUAUCCAUCUUACUACAACCGUUGCGGACGAAUGCAAAACUCGGUUAAAAAGUCUUAUCCAACUCUUUGAGCAACUUCAUGAUGCAAUUAACCUUAUUGCAUUAGAUACAACCAGAAUCCGUUCAGCAAUCACGCAUAUUACAGACGCCAAUAAAUUUUUCAUCUCUCUUGGUCAAGCCGCCCCAUCCCUAUCCUCAUCUGUAACAGUUCCUGCUGAGCAUCAUCUUGUACCAGUAGAUAACGCUAUCCAAGUCUUUACAGAAAACGUCCUGGAUAAGUUAUAUACACUAUUUUCCGAAUGUUCAUAUCAGUCGGCUCAUCAAAUGAUGCUACGCUUCUCUGGGUUACAGGGUCUUGAUCCUGUGCUCACCACAACUCUACAUCUCCUUCUCAGCUCUUGUGAGAGCUAUUCCAAAAGCACAAACCUUUGGCAAGAUGCUACUUGUCGCCACCCCAGUACUUGUGAUACGCACACUUUAGGCGGCCAAUUAGAUACAUUACGAGACCUAUGUAAAAACAUACACUACAGCCUCAAUUUCGUCGAAAGCUUGCGGUUGUGUCUUAUUAACGGAGAGCUAUUUCAUUUGAGCAACGUUGAAGGCGAAAUCACGCCUGUCAAUUCGGCACCCACCAGCUCGCUAUAUGAGCUAUUGAGAGAAGGUCACUUCUUACCAAUCACCUGGAAGUCGUGUGACCGACUUACCACUUGGGAGAAACGGGGUCUAGCAUUAAACCUUGGUCUUGCAUUCAUGCACAUAUUUGAUUGCAGAUGGACUCGGCAUAGAUGGAAAGCUAGACACCUGCACUUCCUGAGCCCCUUGGCGCUUCAUUACAACGACUCUCUUCUCCAAACCCCUCCAUAUCUAGGUUGUAAUAUGCCCUCAGCAAGUUUGCCCGAUGAAGAAGAUGUUGAUCCUUUCUGCCGCGGCCAUCCCGACUUUCUUUUAUUUGGAAAACUCCUUGCGGAAUUAGAAACUGGUGAAGAGAUUGAAGCUACAGAAUGUAAUAAACUUAAUGCCCCGAGCUUGUACCUCACAUUACUUGUUGGGAUACACCGGGGAAAGUUAUCAGCUCAUCCCUACUACUCAAAGGCUAUAAGUGCCUGCUUGUUCCUCUACAAACAGCCUCAUGAUCCCGAUUCGACCAGAGAAAAGAUCCAGAAGACAAUAGUGUCCAAUCUUUACAAGGCACUUGCUUCUUGCGCAAAACCUCAUUUGCCCCAAGUAAAGACAACCUCAACUAAAGCGGGGGGCCAACCUGAGGUUAGCCCUGAAUAUAAAGGAGUGUCACGAACCAACAGACCGAGAAGCCAUUCCGUAAUAAGAAGCGGGGUUCCACGAUGCUGCGACCGGAAAAACUCUCGGAAUACGUAAAGGAGGGUAUUGAUCUGGUGGAUCUGGUUGAUCUUGUAGGAUCUGGCACCAGAUCCAAC